CCCAAACAUAAGUAAACACCCUUCCAAGUGUGCCCUCCAAGAAGCUAGCUACACAUAACCAAACCAUCUUUCUUUGCAACUAGCUAUCUCUUUUAGAAGAUCCUUUAGUCUCCAAUUUUUCCAAUCAAAGAAAUAUGAAUUGGAGCAGAGGGCAUAUACUGGGCCGUGGCUCCUCCGCCACGGUAUACGCCGCCACCUCGUCCGACUCCGAGGAGAUGUUCGCCGUCAAGUCCGCCGAGCUCCCCCAUUCGGAGCUCCUUCAAAGAGAGCAAACAAUUCUGUCCACGAUCAGCAAUCCUUGGAUUGUUGGGUAUAAAGGGUACGAUGUUACUAGGGAGAAUAACAUCGUAGUGUUCAAUCUCAUGUUGGAGUACAUGGCCGGCGGGAAUUUACGCGACGGAAUCCGGCGAAGCGGCGGGAAGCUCGGCGAAUCGGAGAUCGUGGCUUACACGCGCCAAAUUUUACAGGGACUAGAGUAUCUUCAUUCAAGAGGAAUCGUACAUUGUGACAUUAAGAGCCGGAACGUUUUGCUGGGCGACGGCGGAGCCAAAAUCGCCGACUUCGGUUGCGCGAAACAGUCCGGCAGCGCCGCCGCGUGUAUGGGCGGCACGCCGAUGUUCAUGUCGCCGGAGACGGCGCAGGGGAAGGAACAGGAAUUCCCGGCGGACAUAUGGGCAUUGGGGUGUACAGUCAUCGAAAUGGCCACCGGCGGCGGCUCGCCGUGGCCAAACGCGAUAGACCCGGCAUCACUACUUUACCGGAUAGCAUAUUCAGGGGAGUCGCCGGAGAUUCCGGAUUCCCUCUCCGACCAAGCGAAGGAUUUCCUGGGAAAAUGCCUGAGACAAAAGCCUGGAGAUCGAUGGACGGCAGAACAGCUCCUGAAUCAUCCAUUCCUUCUCCAACACGCACGGAAUCAAAAUAAUCAAAUCCCGAAGGAAUCCCGGAGUUCACCGACGAGCGUUCUUGAUAAGGAGAUUUGGAACUCAAUGGAGGGUCCGGUACGGCGGCGGGCAGAGAGAUCAGUGGAGGAUGAUGAUUCCCCUUUAGGAAGGAUCAGGAAAUUAUGUGACCAAUCACCGGAGAAGCCAAACGGGGAAUGGGACGAGGAAUCUUGGACCACAGUCAGAAGAGAUGGUGGUGAAGCAGAGAAACACUGAAACAGAGUUGGAAAGGUGAUGCGCUUUUCACGUGGUCACAACUCAUUAUUUAAUGACAGUAAUGGCUGUAAUGUUAGUAGGUAUUGUUCUAUUGGUACAGAACAGUUAGACAGAAUCUCAGUUUUUGGAGUCAGUAAAACUACUUCUUCAUCAAUGUUCUUUAAAACUCCGGCCGGCCGCCGGGCCUCUGUGUCUCUGUUAUUGGGCAAUUGGCAUUCUUAUUGAGUUCAUUAAUAAAUGUAGAUAUAAAGCUUUAGAAAUUGGUUGAGUGGCGAGAAAAGUAAGAAAAAAUCGACCAUUGGGCUAAGCUGAUCGAGUCAGCUUGACUUACAACUUUCAGAAUGGAUAUUGGAAGAUUCGAAAUUUAUUUUACAUUGGCCGACAAGAGCAGAAGCUUCUGUUCGCCGGUGGGCAAGUUGCUAGGAAGACACGGGACGCUUACCCGCAGGUUGUCUCUGACCUUCUGCCCGGCCCGCUGACUAGUUUUGGGCAGUUUGGUUUCUUGAGCUGCUUCUGCCGAUUUGGAGCCCUUGUACAACAUGUUGCUGGCCAAGUGACUUUGUGGAGUUGGGUUUUGACAUUGUAUUGUAAUUAUUGAUUUUUCAUUUACACGAUUGAAUUUUUUUAUAUAGUUUUGCCUGGUUUGUUUUUAUCUAAUCGCAAAUUAUUACUCUUAUUUAAUACUCUCUUUGUCCAUUGAAAUUCUUCUCAGUUUGAUUUUGAUCGAGUUUAGGAAAGUG